ACUGCUGUCCGGUGGCAGAGGCGGAAAUUGAAUUUGGCAAAGACUGAUCGAGAUGACAUGCAAAAAGAUAUGCGUUAAAUCCACGUUUAUCGUCGAUGUCCUUCCGACUAGGGUUAUAACUUAUAUUUACUAUAUAUUAUUAUCUUUAAUAACUGUAAUUAUAGAAAACGUUAAAUAAUGUAUAUUUGUAGUAUAAAUACUUUCCUUCCUUAAUUAUCCGUUCAAAGAAGAUAAAGAGGAAGCCAGCAUUUGGGGGAGAAAACAACCACCGGCCAGGAGAAAGCCAUUUGAUAAUUGAUUGAAUCGCCGGAGUUUAACGGAGAGAGGAAAAGAUCGAGCUUGACAGAGAGGUUGCGGGGGGUUACAUGGUUGAGGAGAAGGGAAUGCGACUGGGGAAGUACGAGUUGGGAAGGACUCUCGGCGAGGGCAAUUUCGGAAAGGUCAAGUUGGCCAGGAACGUCGAAACCGGCCACUAUUUCGCCGUUAAGAUCAUCGAGAAGAAGAAGGUUAUUGAGCUCAAGAUCACCGAUCAGAUAAAGAGGGAGAUUUCCACCUUGAAGCUCCUCAAACAUCCUAAUGUCGUCAGAUUACAUGAGGUGUUGGCAAGCAAAACCAAGAUUAAUAUGGUCUUAGAAUAUGUGACUGGCGGAGAAUUGUUCAACAGAAUUGCGUCCAAGGGAAAACUUAAGGAAGAUGAAGGCAGGAAGCUGUUCCAACAAUUAAUUGAUGGAGUGAGUUACUGCCACACUAAAGGAGUUUUUCACAGAGAUCUCAAGCUAGAGAAUGUUCUAGUUGAUGCUAAAGGGAACAUAAAGAUAUCUGAUUUUGGCCUUAGUGCCUUACCUCAGCAUUUUAGGGGUGAUGGGUUACUGCACACAACCUGUGGAAGUCCCAAUUAUGUUGCUCCUGAGAUUCUUGCUAACAGAGGGUAUGAUGGUGCCACCUCAGAUAUAUGGUCGUGUGGUGUUAUCUUGUAUGUAAUUCUCACAGGAUAUCUUCCUUUUGAUGAUAGAAAUCUUGCAGUUCUCUAUCAAAAGAUCUUCAAAGGGGAUGCUCAGAUGCCAAAAUGGCUGUCGCCGGGGGCCCAAAACAUGAUAAGGAGAAUUCUUGAUCCCAAUCCUGUUAGCCGGAUAACAAUGGCAGGUAUCAAAGCAGAUGAGUGGUUUAAGCAGGGCUAUAAUCCUUCAAAUCCAGACGACGAAGAAGAUAUAUUCAUUGAUGAUGAAGCAUUCUCCCUGCAUGAAGUGCCAUCUGAAGCAAAGAAGAGCCCAGGCUCACCCACUCUCAUCAAUGCAUUUCAGUUGAUUGGAAUGUCCUCCUGCUUAGACCUCUCUGGCUUCUUUGAGAAAGAGGAUGUCUCUGAGAGGAAGAUCAGAUUUACAUCCAAUCACUCUGCAAAGGACUUGCUUGAGAGGAUUGAGGAUAUUGUAACAGAGAUGGGAUUCAGUGUUCUGAAGAAGAAUGGAAGGUUGAAAGUGAUGCAGGAGCACAAGGGGCAGAAAAGUGUGGGUAGUCUUUCAGUUGCAGCAGAGGUGUUUGAGAUAAGUCCAUCCUUGUAUGUUGUUGAACUAAGAAAAUCAUAUGGAGAUUCUUCAGUUUAUAGACAGCUGUGUAAAAAGCUAUCAAAUGAGUUAGGAGUUGGCCCUACUAGCCAAGAGCUGUUGACCCCAUAAGUGUGAUCUGAUUAUUAGAGCCUUCUUGCAGAGAACUGAACUUUGAACCCAAGCAAUGUAGUUUAUGAGUAUCUCUAUCUCUGUUACACAUUUUAAGUUGAGUAGAUAUGUCUGUACAGUUCAAAAUAGCCUGCUAAAUAUUCAACUUGUAUAGAUUUGCAGAGCCAAUUAUGGCCAUAAAAUGAUGUCACUUUAUGAUAGCAAUUUUUUAUACGAAUUUUAUUCUUUUGUUUGAA